GAAGAGCAUUUCUGCUAACUCUAGGACUUUAUGCAUACUAUAAAGCAAUAGCAAUGGAAACUCAAGAGAGUUUUAAGGAGGAAGAGGUCAUCCGUCACACCAACAGAUUGGCAGCUGAAGAACAAACGAUGUUUUCUUCAGUGGAGACCUUUGAAAUCAGUGAGUCAAAGCCCAAGAAAAAAUGUGGAGGAAAUUGUAUCAUUCCUGCAAUAAUCAUCUACCUAGUCCUGUUUACAGCAGGUGUAGGAUUUCUGGUGAUGCAAGUUUUACAUCUACAGAAGCAAAUGGCUUUCCAGAGAUCUCGGCUACUAACCCUGGAGAGGCUCUUCUUUCCCAAUGGAACACUGGAAUCCUCCCUGGAUGAAUCAAGUCCAUCUUUCUCCUACAUCCUGUCCAGCCAGUCACCUCUCAACAUUAAGAGUGAGAGACAGUGGCUUCUGGAUAUUGAAAAGGGGCUCACUGAAGUGCAGACCAGCCAGGAAGAAUUACGUGGAAGGAUGGACAACAUUACCAGGAGCCCAGGGUUUCAAGGGAGAAAAGGUGAUCCAGGAUCUCCAGGACCCCAGGGGGAGAAAGGUGUUGCUGGGUUACCCGGCAUGCCAGGUGUGAAGGGAGAAAAGGGAAACUCUGGAAUGGGUGGAAUUCCAGGUAUGCCAGGAGCCAGGGGACCACCAGGGAACCCAGGAGCAGCAGGUAUCCAAGGACCAAAGGGUAUUCCAGGGGAACAAGGACCUCCUGGUGUUGCAGGACCCCAGGGUGAGAAAGGCAUCAAAGGAGAUGGCGGCCUGACAGGUCCUAAAGGUGAAGCCGGCACCAAAGGAGAUAAAGGAGACCAGGGACUCACAGGAAGCAAAGGGGAAGUAGGCCAGAAAGGAGAUGGAGGCUUAAUGGGACUGCCAGGAUCACCCGGUUUACAAGGUGUCGCUGGCGAGCCAGGCAAAGCUGGAAUGAAAGGGUCCCCUGGGCCAAAAGGCGAGCCAGGUCUUCCUGGAACUAAUGGUAUUGCUGGAAUACCAGGUUUGCAAGGACUUUCUGGUGCCAAGGGAGAACCUGGCAAUCAGGGCAUUCCUGGACCACCAGGGAUCCCAGGCAUCACUGGCCUUCGUGGAGCACCGGGUGCAAAAGGAGACAAAGGAGACUCAGGGCUUCAAGGACAAAAAGGGACAAAAGGAGAAGUAGGAGUUUCAGGUCUCCAAGGUAAUAAAGGAAACCAAGGAAGUAUGGGGAUCAAAGGUGAACCUGGCUUAAAAGGCAGCAAAGGAGAAAAAGGGGACCAGGGUCAGGCUGGACCAAAGGGGAUCAAAGGAGAAUCAGCCCUAUCCUCCUCUGUUAGAAUUAUUGGUGAAAGGAACAGAGGCCGUGCUGAAAUUUUCUACAGGGGUGUUUGGGGUACUAUAUGUGAUGAUUCCUGGGAUGAUCAGGAUGCCACUGUCUUCUGUCGCAUGAUGGGCUACACAACAGGAAGAGGACUCACCAGCGUAGGAGGAGGUUCUGGACAAAUUUGGUUGGAUGAUGUUGCAUGCACAGGGUCUGAAAGUUCCCUCUGGGAUUGCUCAAAAAAUUCCUGGGGUUCUCAUAACUGUAACCACAAUGAAGAUGCUGGGGUAGCAUGCAGCUGAUUCCUACAGAGAACAUCCCUUAUUGUCCCCAAAUUCUCUGAAGUCCAAGCAGUAUCCCAGUUGCCAAUCCUGAGUUGUCAUGUUUAACUAGCUCCACUCACAAAGUGUCUUAUUUUAAAUACACAUGCAUGUCUAUGUGUGGGUGACUUCUCUCUAUAUCAUUCCUAUGCUGCCUCUGGAAAGAUCCUUAAGAAAAAGAAAAUAAUAAAGCUCUGCUUGA